GCUCUUUCAAGCUUUCAAGCACUCGAGUUUGUAUCAUUGCGUGCCGUUGAUCGUGCCUCGAGUCGUCGAUAACUAUGGGCUGGCAAAAAACAUUUACACUUUCCAGAAGGUCGAAAGGAUGUCAUCUUGUGACUGAUGAAAUUAUCUCCCAUAUAUCUCCUGGUUUGAAGGAUGUUCAAGUUGGCAUGCUGUUCCUCUUUAUCCAACAUACGUCCGCCGCUUUGACUAUCAACGAGAACUGUGAUCCAGAUGUUCGGAAAGAUAUGGAUAUGGCUCUUGAUAAAGUUGUUCCCGAAAGUCUGAACUGGAUGCAUACCGACGAAGGCCCUGAUGAUUCGGUGUCGCACACGAAGACGUCUUUGAUUGGUGCUACCAUUUCUAUGCCGAUCACACAAGGUCGUCUGAACCUCGGCACUUGGCAAGGUAUCUACCUCACUGAGUUCCGACAUGCUGCUCAUUCCAGACGUAUCGUGGCUACUGUAAUUUCAUGAAUUUUAGAGUCAUUGUGUAGACGUAGAAGUGAAGUCGUGUGUUAAAAGUCGAGUAGAAAUGAUUGUGCAUUGCUGUAUCCGACAUGACAAGCGUAAGAUGGUGCUUAGCGUAAUAACGUCAGCCUCUUCUCCACCUUUUCUGGGAGACUUUUAGGAUUCUGUCGCUUCCAGCUCCAAAGUGUGAUGCACUGUGGGGAGCAAGUAGUCCUCCACUUCGCUAGCCGUAAUAGGAAGGUGAAUAUCUAUAAUAGGCAGGGCUAGGUUUCUUGGUGACAUCACGAUGUAUUGUGACUGGAUCAAGUGUGGGCUGGUUC